AUGGCUUCAAGCGGUUUUUCAACCCCAUUACCUUCUGUGUUUACAAGUGAAAAUUAUGACUUUUGGGCAGCAAAAAUGAAAGCUUACCUGAAAGCAUACGACCUGUGGGAAAUAACAGAGGCAGGAAGUGAUCCACCACCUCUUAGAGCAAAUCCUACUAUUGCUCAAUUGAAGCAACAUAGUAAGGAAGUUGCAAAAAAGUUCAAGGCUUUGUCUUGCAUCCAAUCUGCCUUUUCUGAUACAAUAUUCACCAGGAUUAUGACCUGUGAGACAGCAAAGGAUGCCUGGGACAAAUUGCAAGAAGAGUUUAGAGGCAAUGCAAGAACAAGGCAAAUGCAAGUUUUAAAUUUAAGAAGGGAGUAUGAAACCUUGAAGAUGAAAGACUCAGAAUCUAUCAAAGAAUAUUCUGAUAGGCUGAUGAAAGUGGUAAAUCAAAUAAGGCUAUUGGGAGAUGACUUACCUGACAGGAGAGUUGUGGAGAAGGUGCUGAUGAGUUUUCCAAACAAAUUUGAGGCAAAAAUCUCUUCUCUUGAAGACUCUAGAGACCUGUCUUCUAUAACCUUGUUUGAGUUGGUUAAUGCCUUACAAGCUACUGAGCAAAGGAGGCUAAUGAGAGAAGAAGAACAAGUAGAACGGGCCUUGUUUGUUAAAGAAAAACAUAAAACUCAAACAAGUUUUGGUGUAAGAAAGAACCAAGAUGAAAAGAAGAAGGUGAAAAAUAAUAAGAUUGCUGGUAAAAGUGGAGUUUAUCCUCCAUGUGUUCAUUGCAAAAAAUCAGGACACUCUCCAAAAUGGUGUUGGUAUCGACCAGAUGUUCAAUGCCGAAGUU